UUGGUUUGUCAUGGACCAACCAAAUUACUAACCCUGCUAAAUGCAAAAAAAUCAAAAUUGCUGUUCGAGUUUGACCGCUUCGUCCUGGUCUUGUUUCAAAACGGGCUCGAAAUUAUCUGCUAGCUGCAGCGGGGUAACAUAAUCUCUGUUGGUCUGGCGUUAGCUUGUAUGCUAAAAUAAGAACUCCCAAACAAAGAAACGAGGACUGCGUCAAAAAGCAGCGAUGGAGCAGUACACGUCUGCCACCACUACGACAGGGGAGCAGAUUGUUGUGCAGACCGCCAACGGACAGAUCCAGCAGCAGACACAUGGCACAGUGACGGCUGUGCAGCUGCAGACAGAUGCACCAGUGGUGACUGCCUCAGGCCAGCAGGUGCAGACACUCCAGGUAGUUCAAGGACAGCCCCUAAUGGUUCAGGUGAGCGGCGGGCAACUCAUCACGUCGUCAGGCCAACCCAUCAUGGUGCAGGCCAUGUCUGGAGGUCAGGGUCAAACCAUCAUGCAGGUUCCUGUAUCGGGAGCUCAAGGACUGCAGCAGAUCCAGCUGGUGCAGCCAAGUCAGAUACAGUUGCAAGGCGGCCAGACUCUUCAGCUCCAGGGUCAGCAGGGUCAACAGCAAAUCAUCAUCCAGCAACCCCAGACGGCCAUCACGGCCGGACAGAACCAGGGGCAGCAGAUCAGUGUGCAAGGCCAGCAGGUGGCACAGACAGCUGAUGGUCAGACCAUCGUGUACCAGCCCGUCAACACAGAUGGAUCCGUUCUGCAGCAGGGAAUGAUAACAAUUCCUGCUGCCAGCCUGGCGGGAGCUCAGAUUGUACAGGCGGGGGGUGCCAACACCAACACUACCAACAGUGGCCAAGGCACUGUGACCGUCACCCUGCCCGUCUCCGGCAACAUGGUCAAUGCAGGUGGAAUGGUCAUGGUAAGACCCAGUGCAGAGAUGGUUCCGGGAAGCGGAGGAGUUCCCACAAUGCAGCGGAUCCCCCUGCCAGGGGCGGAGAUGCUGGAGGAGGAGCCUCUGUACGUCAACGCUAAACAGUACCACCGCAUCCUAAAGCGACGGCAGGCCCGGGCCAAACUGGAGGCUGAGGGCAAGAUCCCCAAAGAGAGGAGGAAAUAUCUACACGAGUCUCGCCAUCGUCAUGCUAUGCAACGCAAGCGAGGAGAUGGAGGCCGUUUCUUCUCCCCUAAGGACAAAGAAGACGCAUUGGGCUUAUCGCAGGAUCUCUCCCAGCCAUCACCAGACGAGACAGUAGCUCAGAUGAUCCGGGUGUCAUAGAACCGUCAUCAACCCUUCAGCUGAACUCUACCCUGCCAGAGGUUCUCCAUCCCAGGUGACCUCUGGCGCCCUUCAUGUCAUCUGUUCUUCUGCCUGCCCUGGAGCACCAAACAGCUGACCAGGGGUUUCCUCGUGUCUCUCAUCUUUUUGACUGGUCUUCCAGGGAUCUGGUUGUGCAGUUGCUCAUCCAGUGGACUUUUGAUAAACGGACGGACACUAUCAUGCUCAGCUUUCACUGCCGAGCACCCAAGACCAGCCUUUUAUUUAGUCAAAGAUUUGUUUGGACAAUAGAAGAAUGUGGAUUUGUUGCUAAACAUUUGUGCAGAUGAAAUUACAGCCAUGAAGCCAUACUCUGUCACAUUUUGGUCUGAUGGUAGAGAAUGCAGAGUUAUUUCCUGCUGAAAAUUUCCCCUCCUGAUUUUUCUGCAUUUGCAACUGACAGCAGUUUUCUUAUUGUUGGAGACGUAAGUACUUUCUGUAAACUCCUGUUGUGUAUCAUUCAUGUGAUGCCCCUUUAUGAUGUUGUUAUUUCAGCUCAUGUUUCGUGUGGUUGCAUCCCUUCAUCUUCUGUGUUGAAACUGAUGUUUGGUAGUAAUAUGUAGAAAAAGAAGAUAUGUUAGUUUUUCUUCACCACUGUGAAACCCCAGUUCUGUGCAUGCUUUUUAUGCAGUUGUACGUUCUUUUUUUUUUUCUAAAGGAAAAAAAUACAAUUUUCUACCCUUAUUUUAUUUUGACUUUGGCCUUUUUUCAUCUGUUGGUUCGCUGUUUGAUCUUUUCAUUGUAGAUAGUUUUGUUUUUUUAUUGCCAUCAGAUGCAGUUGUGCAAUUUUAUUUUUUAUAAUGAAAAAAGGGGUGGACAUGAAUCCUAAAAAAUAAAUUUUUUAUUAAGUUA